AUGCCAGUGCGGGAGCUCAGUGGCGUCAGGGAACCGGAUACGCCAGGCGUCUGUCAGGCGGCCGAAGCAGCGCUGGGUGGUGUGCGGGCCGCCACACGGCUCACCAGUGCGGUCACCAAGCCACCCGUCUGCACGGAGCCACCCCGACCAGCGCCACCGCCACCACCGCCACUGCCGCCUCUGCUGCCACCGCCGCCACCGCCACCUCCUCCACUCCCACCGCCGCCGCUGCCGCUGCCUCCGCCUCCACCGCCGCCACCAGAGCCCCCACCUCCGCGACCUUCUUCGCCGCCUCUGCAGCCGGUUGCUGUCGACUCUGGUGCUGCUGGGGGUGGUGCUCCUGGAGGUGUUGCGUCUGGGGGUGCGGAGUCUGGGGGUGCUGAGCCUGCGCGUGGGGUGACUGGGGGUCCUGCGCCUGGGGGUGCUGUGUCUGGGGGUACUGAGCCUGUGUGUGCGGAGUCUGGAGGUACUGAGUCUGGAGGUGAGACGCUUGAGGGUACUGGGACUGCUGGUGCACGGCCUACUUGGAGUGGCCGCCUUCGUCCGCGUACGCCUCUCACCUCUCAGCAGCUGCACGACUGGUACGGUCGCCGUCAGCGUCGCGCUGCUGGAGCCCGGGGCUCUGCUGCUGGAGGUACUGGCGAUACUGGGGCUGGGGGUGCUGCGCCUGGAGGUGCCGUUGCUGGAGACACUGAGGCUGGCGACCCUGGGACUGGAGGUGCUGGUUCUGGGGGUGCUGCUGCGGGAGACGCUGCGGUUGGAGACCCUGGGACUGGAGGUGCUGGUUCUGGGGGUGCUGCUGCGGGAGACACUGCGGUUGGAGACCCUGGGACCGGAGGUGCUGGUUCUGGGGGUGCUGCUGCGGGAGACGCUGCGGUUGGAGACCCUGGGACUGCAGGUGCCGGUUCUGGGGGUGCUGCUGCUGGUGACGCUGGUUCUGGUAAUACUGGUCAGUAUUGUCACUGA